AUGGCGACCGUUCCUCCGCCGCCCAGCAAGCGCCAGAAGACGGCGGCGGCAGCGCGCGCCCGCGAACAAGCAGAGGUUCCCUCGAUUCCCUCGGGCAGCGUUCGCGUCAGGUUCGUCGACCAAGCUACCGGCCAAUCUGGCGAUCUCCCGGUCGUGUCCGUCCCCCUCGGCCAGGCCCAGGUCAAAAACCUCGAAACCUUGCUCAAUACGCUGCAGGGCAACGAGGAUGCCGCAGACCGCAUCCCAUACCGCUUCUUUUACGCCGGCCAGGGCGGUCAGGACAUCAAGGAGGGCGAGAGAGGCGAGGCCUUGGGAGAUGCCGCCGACCUGUGGAACGCCUUGAUCAAGGAGGGCAAGGCCACGACCGAGGAGGAGAUCGUUCUGGCCUACGCACCUCAGGCCGUCUUCAGGGUGCGCGCUGUCUCGCGGUGCACCGCUGCGAUAGCCGGCCAUGGCCAGCCCAUCUUAGCCACUCAAUUCUCGCCCCAGAGUAGCUCGCGCAUGGUCAGCGGCAGUGGAGAUGGCACGGCGCGAAUUUGGGACUGCGACACAAACACUCCCACACACACUCUGAAGGGCCACACGAGCUGGGUCCUGGUGGUCAGCUGGUCGCCCGCCGGGGACGUCAUUGCUACGGGCUCCAUGGACAAUACCGUGCGGUUGUGGAACCCGAAGACUGGCGAACCGCUGGGAGGGGCCAUGAGGGGCCAUACCAAAUGGGUGACCAGCCUAGCCUGGGAGCCCUACCAUCUGCAAGAAUCAGGCCGUCCGCGGAUCGCAUCUUCAUCCAAGGAUGCCACCGUGCGCAUCUGGGACGUUGUGGCAAGGAAAGCAGACAUAGUGCUGUCCGGACACAAGGGCACCGUCAGCUGUGUCAAGUGGGGAGGCACAGGCCUGCUGUAUACUGCCUCACACGACAAGACCAUCAAGGUGUGGAAUGCUGUAGACGGAACUCUCAAGCACACCCUGAACGCCCAUGCUCACUGGGUGAAUCAUCUGGCCCUGUCCACCGAUUUCGUCCUCCGUACCGCAUACCACGAACAUGGCCCGCACGACAAGCCUUCCUCCGAAGAGGAGAGGACGGCGUUCGCGCGAAGGCGCUUCGAGAAAGCUGCCACAAUCGCCGGCAAGGUGGUGGAACGUCUCGUCUCGGCCAGCGACGACUUUACCAUGUAUCUAUGGGAACCUUCUUCGAGCACAAAGCCGCUUGCGAGACUCCAAGGCCACCAGAAACAGGUCAACCACGUCACUUUCUCGCCCGAUGGACUGUAUAUCGCCUCGGCAGCAUUUGAUAAUCACGUGAAGCUAUGGAAUGCUAAUACCGGAGCCUUUAUCACAACCCUGCGUGGACACGUCGCUCCCGUCUACCAGUGCUGUUUUAGCCCAGACAGUCGGUUGUUAGUCAGCGCCAGCAAGGAUACCACAUUGAAGGCUUGGGACGUGAGGACUGGAAAAAUCGCAAAUGACUUGCCGGGUCACCAGGAUGAGGUCUAUGCGGUCGACUGGAGUCCGGAUGGAAGGGGAGUAGGCAGCGGAGGAAAAGACAAGGCAGUGAGGAUCUGGAGACACUAG